AUGAAUGGAUCGAAAUCAAAGGGGGAGCCGGUUUCUGCGAGGAGUGUGGAUGGGAAGGAGCAGGAGAAGUGGGGCCAGGAGCAGGACCGAGAAGAACCUGAGGAGGAGAGUGCGGAGGGGAGUGGGGAGGAAAAUGAUGGAGGGAAGGAUGGAAGGGAGGAUGAGGAUCAUUAUGCACGUGGAUGCUUCAAGAAUCUGGAUUCGUUAAGAAGUGCGUGUGCAAGUGCAGGGAACACAUGCAUGAUGGCUCUCGACUCAAGCGAGAGUGCAUGUGCGGCUGCACGUAUUCGCAACGGAACGGCAUGGGCACGUGCUUUUGUGGAACCAGCUGACCCUUCUCCUGCCAGCUGUGAAAUCACGGUUCCUAGCACCCAGUUUGCUGCACCUGUAAAUCAGGAGAUCGCACGUGAAUGGCGUUUGCUGCAAGAGAAGGGAUUGGAGAUGGGGGGGGCAGGAUAUUUGGCAGCUUUGCUGAGGGGGGAUGCCCCUAAUGCCUCAAAUAUUUCAGACGGAGAGUCGUUGCUGCUUGGUGACUCUCUAGAUGAGACACGGAUCAUGGGAGGAGCAAGCAAUCUGGCACAGCUGAUUCGAAAUACCCCUGAUGACCCGGUGAUGGUAGAUGGAGAGCGUAUGCUGCUCAGGGAUGCUCUGGAAGAGGGACUAGUCGCAAGAAAUCUAGCAGUGGUGGUUGGGGAUGCUCUUGAAGGGGCAAUGGUCCAGGGAGGAGUGGAUGAUCGGGCAGGGCUAAUCAGAGAUGAGUUUGGUUCUCCAAAUGGCUUCCCGAAUGUCUUCCCGAAUGGCUUCCCGAAUGGUUACUCUGAGAAGAUGCCGCUACACUCACAUGACUUUGGGUGUGCAGGGAAUAGGAAGCUGGCAGGGCGGUCUGGAGAGACAGGGGAGGAAGGGGAGCGUAGGGAGAAGGCGUGGAAGGAAGGCGAAGAAGGGAUGCAAGGGGAUGCAGAGGAGUGGGAUGUGGUUCCGAGCUACAUCCAGGAGGUUGUUGCUGCUGCAUCUUCUCCAGAGAGUGUGACUGUGGAAGGUGUGACUGUGGAGGGUGUGGCUCCAGAGGGUGUGACUUUGAAAGCUGUGACAGCAGAGGGUGUGAUUGCAGAGGGUGUGACAGCAGGUGCUGCAGGAUAA